AGCAUUGGCGAGAAGUGACAAGUUGAAUUAUCAGAGAGAAAAUAAUUUUUGUAGAAUUCGAAUCGUGAAAAAGGGACUGAUAAAUCACUUCCACCAUGGCUAGUGUCUCGUAUCAAAUAGCAAAUCUGCUGGAGAAGAUGACGUCAAACGACAAAGACUUCAGGUUCAUGGCGACAAACGACCUCAUGUCAGAGCUCCAAAAGGACUCGAUAAAGCUGGACGACGACUCCGAGCGUAAAGUCGUAAAGAUGCUGCUGCGCCUACUGGAAGACAAGAACGGAGAGGUCCAGAACCUCGCGGUAAAGUGUCUGGGACCCCUCGUGAACAAAGUGAAAGAGUACCAAGUAGAGACAAUAGUGGACGCCCUCUGCACCAACAUGAUAUCGGACAAAGAGCAGCUCCGAGACAUCUCCAGCAUAGGCCUAAAGACAGUGAUCUCAGAGCUGCCAAUGGGCUCCAACGACCUCGCCGAGAACAUAUGCAAGCGCAUAACAGGUCGUCUCUCCUCAGCAAUCGAGAAGCAAGAGGACGUUUCAGUCCAGCUGGAGGCCCUGGACAUUGUGGCAGACCUUCUGUCGCGUUUCGGCUCUCUCCUCUCGAGUUUUCACCAGCAGAUCCUCACAGCCCUCCUCCCCCAGCUCUCGUCGCCCCGCCAGGCAGUGAGAAAACGAACGAUCGUCGCCCUGAGCCACCUGCUGACCUCCAGCAACAGUUACCUCUACAAGAAGCUCCUCGAUCACCUCCUGGAGGGUCUCACCACCCAAAAAGUCAAGAACGUCAUUCGCACGUACAUCCAGUGCAUCGCAUCGAUCUGCCGUCAGGCUGGCCACCGAUUUGGCGAGCAGAUCGAGCGAGUGAUGCCCCUGAUAGUUCAGUACUCCAACGAGGAUGACGACGAGCUCAGGGAGUACUGCCUCCAGGCAUUCGAGGCAUUUGUCUACCGUUGCCCCAAGGAGAUCACCCCCCACAUCAACAAGAUCAUCGACAUCUGCCUGACGUACAUAACGUACGAUCCAAAUUACAACUACGACGACGACGUCAGCGACCUGUCCGAUAGUGAAGGCGUGACAAUGGAGACCGAGGAGGACGGUGAGGAGGACGGCGAGGAGGAGUACUCGGACGACGACGACAUGAGCUGGAAGGUCAGAAGAGCAGCUGCCAAGUGUCUCGAGGCUGUGGUCUCCAGCAGGCGAGAGCUCCUCCCUGAACUAUACAAGAUCGUCUCACCAGCGUUGAUAGCGAGGUUCAAAGAGCGCGAGGAGAACGUCAAAUCCGAUAUUUUUCACGCUUACAUAGCCCUUCUACGUCAGACAAGGCCGACGUCCAGUGUAGCACUCGAUCCGGACUCCAUGGAGGACGAGGAGUGCCCGAUUUCCCUCCUCCAACAGCAGGUCCCCAUGAUCGUCAAGGCCGUGCAUCGGCAGAUGAAGGAGAAGAGCAUCAAAACCCGUCAGGAUUGUUUUUCACUGCUGAAGGAACUCGUUCUUGUCCUGCCGGGGGCCCUCACCAAUCACAUUCCCUCGCUGAUCCCAGGGAUUCAGUACUCCCUAGGGGACAAGAACUCCUCCUCCAACAUGAAGAUCGACACUCUAGCCUUCGUCCACACUCUGCUGAUAACCCAUCAACCUGAGGCAUUUCACGCCCACAUGACAGUCCUCGCACCACCGAUAAUCACAGCAGUGUCAGACGCCUUCUACAAGAUCACAGCUGAGGCACUUCUCGUUCUCCAGCAAUUGGUGCAGGUCAUCAGGCCCCACGACAAACCCGUCAACUACGACUUCACCAAUCUCGUCAGUGAGAUCUACAGAUGCACUCUGAUGAGACUGAAGACUGCUGACAUCGAUCAGGAAGUCAAGGAGCGAGCAAUCGCCUGUAUGGGACAGAUUUUGGCGCACCUCAGUGACACUUUGCAGGAGGAACUCCCAGUUUGCCUUCCGAUAUUCCUGGACAGGCUGAGAAAUGAGAUCACGAGACUGACGACUGUUAAGGCCCUGACCUGCAUCGCAGCAUCACCACUGAGAGUUGAUCUCCAACCGAUUAUGGAGGAGGCUGUUCCCAUUCUGGGAUCUUUCCUCAGGAAAAACCACAGGGCUUUGAAGCUGUGCUCGCUGACUCUGCUGGAGACACUCGUCAAGAGCUACUCCGUCAGUCUUCAUACCGAUCUUCUUGACAAGGUAACGACAGAACUGCCAGCACUCCUCAAUGAAUCAGAUCUCCACAUUGCCCAGUUGACCCUGACCCUUCUGACGACAGUAGCCAAGCUCCAUCCAGCUGCUUUGACGAGAAUUUCAGAGACAAUUUUGCCGGAGAUUCUGGUCCUCGUGAAGUCUCCGCUGCUCCAGGGAGCUGCACUGAACGCCAUGCUGGAGUUCUUUCAGGCUCUGGUGCAGGCUGGCAUUCCGGGGCUGGGGUACAGGGAACUCCUGGCGAUGCUGGUGGCACCAGUGACGAGCUCUGUCCUCCACAAGCAGGCGUACCACUCGCUGGCCAAGUGUGCAGCUGCUCUGACAAUCACCUGGCAGCAGGAGGCCCACGGCGUUGUCGAGCAGUUCAUCAAGAACGUUCAGGAUCCAGCCUCGGAUUCACAGCACAUUUUUGCUCUGCUGGUGAUCGGAGAGAUUGGAAAGCACGUGGAUCUGAGUGGCAUUCAGCCCUUGAAGAGUGUUAUCUUGAGCUCGUUCUCCUCGCAUUCUGAGGAGGUCAAGUCCGCUGCCAGCUAUACUCUUGGGAAUAUUGCGGUGGGUAAUCUACCUGAGUAUCUUCCCUUCAUUCUGAAGGAGAUUGAGGGACAGCCCAAGAGGCAGUAUCUUGUGCUUCACUCGUUGAAGGAGAUCAUCACGUGCCAGUCGAGCAGUCCCUCCGGGGUUUCCAAUCUUCAGAAUUUUGUCCCUGCCAUCUGGAUGCUGCUGUACAGGCACUGCGAGUGCACUGAGGAGGGCACCAGGAAUGUCGUGGCAGAGUGCCUUGGGAAACUCACGCUCAUUGAUCCUGCUACGCUUCUGCCGAGACUACAGGAGUCACUCAAGUCGGCGUCACCGUUGAUGAGGACGACUACAGUCACUGCUGUCAAGUUCACCAUUUCCGAUCAGCCACAGGCCAUUGAUGUUAUGCUGAAGCAGUGCAUGGGGAGCUUCUUGGUCGCUCUGGAGGAUCCUGAUCUCAAUGUCAGGAGGGUCGCUCUUGUCGCAUUCAACUCGGCAGCCCACAACAAACCGAUGCUCAUCAGGGAUCUGCUGGACUCGGUGCUCCCCAAACUCUAUGCUGAGACGAAGAUUAAGAAAGAGCUCAUAAGAGAAGUGGAAAUGGGACCCUUCAAGCACACAGUGGACGACGGUCUGGACCUCCGAAAAGCAGCAUUUGAGUGCAUGUACACACUACUUGACUCCUGUCUCGACAGGCUCGACGUUUUCGAGUUCCUUCAGCACGUGGAGAACGGCCUCAAGGAUCACUACGACAUUAAGAUGCUGACGUACCUCAUGACUGCCAGGCUGGCGCAGCUCUGUCCCACCGCUGUCCUCCAGAGGCUCGAUAGACUGGUGGAUCCACUGAAGAUGACUUGCACCCAAAAAGUCAAAGCUAAUUCAGUGAAACAGGAGUACGAGAAACAGGAUGAACUCAAAAGAUCUGCAUUGAGGGCAGUUGCUGCACUGUUGACUAUUCCAGAUGCUGAUAAAAAUCCAGCAUUAACCGAUUUCGUCAGUAUAAUAAAAUCGACUCCAGAGUUGCGUAGUUUAUUCGACACUAUUCAAAAAGACUGCUCAGGUAGCAACGUCAACGAAGCCAACAUCAUGGAUCAAAGUUAAACGCGGUCAUGGAAGAAGCCUCAACAGCAAAACGAAACAAACACAAUAACACGAAUUACAAACAACCAGCGUCAUACAUCAAAUGAAGUGAUACGAUUUUCUUUUUUUUUUAUUAACUGAUAUAUCUGAUUAUCUCUCGAGUGUGAUUCGAAUUUUCUAAAGGUCGAACUCAGUGAGUUCCACAGACAGCCCAGAGAUGCAUUAAUACAUGAAACAACAAUUCAACACGUUUAUUUACAUACGUUAAUGUUUCCAUUCUUUGUUUUUCGGUUCAAAUAGUAGCUUGAACAAAUGGAAGGAACGAAAUUCAAUGUGAUUGUCAUGUAGCAGUCAGAAAAUGCAUUGUAUAAAAAAAAUAAAAUACAAAUUUCUUUAAAAUAGAA